AUGUUUGGAUUGGGUAUUUAUUUGGCCGACUUGAGCUCAAAAUCGAAUCAGUACUCGAAAUGUCAACAACACGAAAGUACCUCAUGUAAGGUGUGUGAAAAGAAAUUAUUUUUAUGUCGGGCAUUGAUAGGUGAUCCUUAUUUUACAAAGGUCGCUAUGAGAUAUGCAAAGGAGCCUCCUAUAAAUAAGGAUUCUGUCAUUGCUCUUUCGAGAAAAGAUGUUCCAGACAGUGCAGUAGAAUAUAGAGAAUAUAUUUUCUAUGACAAGGAUGUUGUUUAUCCAGAGUAUGUCAUUUCUUAUCAAUUAAAGUAG